AUGCUGCUGCGGAUCCUCCUUGCUUCAUGGUCUGUUCUGCCCUCUGGUGGUGAUGGCCCGCUAGGGACCUCGACAUCCACGCCGACAAAUGCAGUUUCGGACUCAGACCCGAACAUCUGCAACCCCGCACGUGGAUAUCGCUACAUCUCCAUAGGGGCUGCCGGAGGGAUUUCUUCUUCUUCCUGCUUUGCCAGCUGGGAUGUGCAUGAGGUCGAGGCCUUCACAAGCAGCGGUCAGCUGACGCUGUCCGCGUCCUCAAUGUCGGGCUCGGAUACUGACUAUCCACCAAGCAAGGCUGUGGACGGUGAUACGGGUUCAUUCUGGGCAGGCGACCACGACGUCGGCAUGAGUUGCAGCUGCUGGGAUGACUCGAAGAAAGAUGGCCAGAUACUGACUCUCGACCUUGGCAGCACUCAGCAGGUCACACAGCUGAAGCUGUACCAAGGAGGCAAUGGCAACGAUUGGGCAGUGAAGCGGGUGAGGUUGCAUUGCCACAUGUCCGUGGCCUUCUCCUCAGCCUUGAGUGAACCUCUUGAGCUAGAUGUGUCAACGGGCGUGACAACCAUCGAGUGCAACGACCAGGGCUGUACGGCCGACCUCCAGCCGGACUACUACGACACCUGCGCUGGCACUACGAGCGACAGCGCCCAUCUGGCCGUUGGCCUUGCAGCAGCCUUUUCUGGCAUUCUACUGCUCUGA